CAUAUUCCGUCUGGGGAUGGCUAAUAAGAUCAGGAAUCUUAUUACAUCCAUAGAUGACAUUAACGAGGAGGCUAGGCAGUAUAAUCUUCAAUCUAGACUUGCUGUCUCAGCUCCUGAAUCUAGGAGCAAUCCUCAAACGGCUCACCCUUUUCUUGGUUACUGUUCACAAGUUAUAGGGAGGGAGGAUGAUGUCUCAAACUUAGUUGACUUGUUGAUUGAUCCAAGCAAUAAACAGCCCCUUUCAGUCAUAUCUGUUGUGGGAAUGGGGGGUUUAGGCAAGACUACUUUAGUAAAAUCAGUAGAAAAAGAAGAGAAAAUAAGGGAACAUUUUGGCAAAAUAAUGUCAAUUUGUGUGUCCGAAGAUUUUAAUGUUAAAAGAAUCCUAAAAAAUAUGUUGGAGUGUCUUAGCAAAGAGAGUUGUUCAAUUAAAAGUGAGAGUGCUAUAAUGAAAAAAAUAAAAGAAAAACUGGAGAACAAAAAUUAUCUUCUUAUCUUAGAUGAUGUGUGGAAUGAGAAUGAAUCGAUGAAGUGGGAAGAGUUGAGGGGUUGUUUGUCAGAAAUAAAUAAAAAUAAAGUGAGUAGGGUUGUUGUGACAACACGAAGUACAAAAGUAGCAUCAACAAUGGGAACACGGGAUGAACAUGUGUACCAUCUCAAACAACUAAAACAAGAUGAGUGCUGGUCUAUAAUCAAGCAGAGGGUCUUUGGAGAUUCUUCAGUACCCGAUCAGGAGUUAGAGCAGAUUGGGAGGCAGAUUGCUAAGAAAUGUAGGGGUGUACCAUUAGUUGCCAAUAUUAUUGGGGCGAGUUUGAGCACUCGAAUACAUAGGCAUGAGUGGUUGUCAGUUCAAAAUUCUGAGGCAUGGGAUUCACUAAAAGAUGAUAGUACUGGGAGAGGGAUUCUAGGGGUUUUACAAUCAAGUUUUGAUCGCUUGCCAGACCCAGCUUUGAAGAAAUGUUUUGCCUUUUGUUCCAUUUUCCCAAAGGAUUAUUUUUCCGGAGUUGUCUCACGGUUCACGCCCUCGGAGUUCGCUGAUGGAGGAUAUGGCUGAAGCUAAUGAAGCACAGGUAUGAUUCACACCAUGGAGAUGAAAGAAUUAAUGAAGUAUAAUUACUUUU